AAUGAAAGUGUAUAUCAUGGUCUUCUUUUUAGGUAUAUCAUCCAGGGAGUAUAACCAGGCCCGUAAAUCACAGGUCCAACUGCAUUUUAUAUGCAGACGGUGCCAACGAUCCCGAGCCAUGGAAGAAACUGGCCUUCCGGAGCCUUCGUAAGAACCCGAGUCUAUGGAAGAAACCGUCCAUCUCAAGCACAGGGAAGAUACUGAGCCCACGGAAGAACCAGUCCAUCCAGAGCACAGGGAAUAUCCUGAGCCCACGGAAGAGCCAGUCCAUCCAGAGCCGAUGCAGGUUGAUGCUCACUUUGACGUGAGUUUUGACGUAAACCACAGAGUAGCAGAUGGCCCGUAAGAACCACAAGACAAGUCCCGCCAUGCAGAACCAGACCUUCCAAACCAUAUUAAAGAAGAAGUGGCAUUGACGUACAAAGUGCUGGAAAAGGGCAGCAAACAAGGCGGUAAACUACUGGUGUCCAUCAAUAGCUAUUCGUAUGGAGUAAAGAAUGCCAACAAGAAGUCUACGCUGUGGACGUGUAGCGUAUGUUCAAAGAAGAUGCGAUGCCAUGCCACCAUGUAAAAUAAAAUAACCACGAGUCCAUAAGAGAUGCAAGAUGCCUGACCAAAUUGGCAACAUCUCACAGACCGACAGCAAAUACAUUGGCACAUUCAUAGGUGUACUCCCGAUAUUGAGACCCUUCAAAAUCCACUAUCGUGAUCCCAGAAAAGAGGAAGAAGGCGAUGAACUUGAAGUGGGAGUGUUUAUGAUUCUUCCCCAUGAAAACAACAUUGAUGAGAGUGAAGUCUUAGACCUUACCAUAAGCAUGGAAGACAGCAGAAUUUCAACUGCAGAGGAAAUGCCUUCUUUAAUGAAAAAUGAGCUGGAAGAUGCAAGCAUCAAAUCUGAAAAUAAGGAUGAUCUUAUGGAAGUGAAAAUGGAGCCAAGUUCUGAUCAUGAAAAUUAUGACUCUGACUCCACUGUUAACCACACUGACUCAUUUAAAAAUCUCUUUAAUUCCAAUAAAGAAAAAUUCAAAAAGGUUGCAGCAAAAAAUGGCACCAAGAUAAGAAAAAGUAGAACCGUGACAGAGGCAUCAACAUCAUCUGAUCAGAAAGUUGAAAUAGCAAGUGAAGACACUGAUGAUUAUGUAAGCUCUGGCGAGAACUGGUUAAACAAAUUCCCAGCGAAAAUAAAAUUUAAGAAAAUGCGAAAAGCAAAAAAGGUUGCUGUCAAUAAAACUCCCAAGAAACCAAAAAGGAAGAAAAGUGAAGGCGAUCCACAAGAAAAGAAAAAAAGGAGGCAGUGGGUAAACGUAAAAUUAAAUGAACAUAAGGAUAAGUAUUUUAUUGAAAACUUUCCAUCAAUAGAGCAGAGGAAUCGUGGGAGUGAAAUCUUUGAAACCAGAUAUGUAUGUCUUAUGUGUAACAAUUACAAAUCAAUUAAUUCUGAAGAAUUUGAGAAACAUUUGGAGCUGCAUUUGAAUGGGUUUUUACGAUGCAAAAAAUGUAACAUAGAGACGGCCUCCCAUGCUAUGCUGAACAAACAUCGCCAAGUGUGCGUCGCGAAUAGCGACAACCUGGAAUCAGACGAAUACGUGUGUGUACUGUGUGGUCAUAUAACUGCAAGGAGGGAGAAUUAUAAACACCACAUGGGCACCGUCCACAAUCAGCCGCAGUUCAAGUGCAAAUACUGCGACGAGUUGUUUCAGACGUACCACUACAGACGGCGCCACUAUGAAGCCAGCCACACGCUCGAGAUCAAAUUCUGCAAGACGUGCGGCCAGAACUACUUCAAGCUCACAGACGAGGAAUACCGGGCACACACAGAAGUCUGCAGCCGUGAGGUGCCCUGUCCGGAGUGUGGCAAGUUGUAUGCCGGCAAGAUCAACCUGUCGGCUCACGUACGGAACACCCACAGAAAGGUGCGGAGACACCAGUGCCACCUAUGUGCGUACUCUGCCAAGGAUUCCCAAAAGCUGAUGCAGCAUAUCCACGCUCAUCAAGGUGUCCACCCAUACAAGUGCGAAGUCUGCUCGUUCACGUGCGUGCAAGCCUACCAGCUCAAGUCUCACAUGCGCACUCACACAGGAGAGAAACCGUACAAGUGUGACCAGUGUAACUAUGCCGCAGCGUGGAACGUUCAGCUGAAAGACCACAUGAAAGUGCACGGCAUGGAGACGGCUGUCAUGUGCCAGUACUGUGGCGUCCUCGUCAAGAGUCACUCCGUGCUCUCCAAUCAUGUAAAGAAGGAACAUCAGAGUGACCCUUCGUCUUCUAUGCAUUACUAAAGGAGCCUGGUUGUGCAAGAAUGGGUCUUAAUGCGUGUGCCUUAAAUGUCAUCUCACAUUAGCCUGUGCUGUCCACAAAGGCUAACUAGGGACGAAACUUUCCACUUUAAUGGUAUUUUCAUUUGAAGGAAGUCUUAGGGAAAAGCCAGUUUUUUUUAAAGUGUUGUCACUUAUUAGUCUGCGCAUUAAGCCCUGUUUUCCAAGUGCAUGUCUCAAAUAGUUUUAGGUUUGUUGACAGGAACAAUUAUUCUUAGAACUGGAUAUUGGAAAAUUAACAGGGCUGGCUUUAAGAGUUGUUUGGGAACAAAAUUCUCCUAGUUAUUGGCACAAACUUCCAUAUUGUCAGUCCUGAAAAUUCCCAUUGAACUGAACAAGAACUGGCCUUAUUUGAACCUGCUGUGGUAUUUUGACUUGUUUGACUGAUCUUUUCGUUGCAUUGCAUUCAAUUCAUAAUGCCACGCUUAUGCUUCUGGAGGGUUUUUACAUCAUUGUCAGAGCUUUUUUCCUUCUGUGAAAAGGGCUGUUUUUCACAAAUUUUGAAAAUUCGCAACUCAAUUUUUCACAAUUUCAAAAAGUUUGGAAGUAAUUGUUCACAAUAAUAACAAAUUUUGAUUUUUUUUUAUAAUUUAAGAAAGUUUGCAACUCAUUUUUUUCACAAUUUUGAACAGUUUGCGACUCAUUUUUGCACAAAAUGGGGGGGAGGGGCAAAGCAAAAACAGGGAAAAAAACGCCCUGAUUGUUUUGUCAUUUUCAUCUGUAUAUCUGUAUUGGAAUAACAGGAAAACCGAUGUUUACAUAGACUUGUUUCUCUAGUUAAGACUUUUCACAAAGAAGGGAAUCAAUUGUAAAUAGACUUCUUUUUUUUAUCUGACACUAGUGGUCAUUUUUUUUAUUUAAUCAGAAACUAGUAUUUAGUUUAAGCUUGUAUGAUGCUGUCUAUCAAUUAAUUGUAGGUGUUAUAGUGUGCUGUUGUUAUUAUAAAAUUAAAUUUAUUGUUACUGUUUGAGGCUUUCUUUAAACAUUCCAUACACAAUCUAAGCUAUUGCUGCUGGUCACCAAAGUUUGUAUUGCUCUACAUGUAUCAUGUUUAUUGCAUUAUAUUAUAUAAGAGUGUUUUAACUAUUUAUCUUCAUUUGUAUUUUUUCUAAUAUUUAUUGAAUAUAAUUAUUUUUAUGGAAAAUUGUAUUAAUAAGCCACAUUUUAAGCAUGCACGCUUAAAUGUUUAUGUACUUUACAAAAUGUUAACUUGAUAUUCACUCAAAGGCACUUCUAAUGUACAACUUUUAUCAUUUCUCAAAACAUGGCUAAGGAUAUCAACUUGAAUUUGUGCACAUUUCUGUCUAGGAGCAUCUUCUAAUAAGUCACGAUAAAAUCAUUUAUGUGGAGAGAAGCUGAGUACCCGGAGGAAACUCCGUUUUUGACCCUUUCUCACUCAGAAGCGAAGUGAAAAUGGCUAUGUGCAAACAGCAUAAAACCAGAACUGCCUGCGAGAAACUCGCAGUCUGUUCAGGUUUGAUGCUGUUUGCUGCUCAAUAGAAUCUAAGGGUUGUGGAUGAAGCAUUUAAAACUUAAAACUAGUAAUAAAGGUCUUUAGUUAAAUUUAACUUACAAAGGGACUACAAACACGUCAAAAUACGUAUCUAAGUGGUAAAGGAUUUAAAAACAUUGUUUUUGCUAAAUUAUUGAAGAAAAUCGUUACAAAGGUUUAUAAAUUGUAGGAUUGCUAUUGCUUUUUACAAUAACCACACAAAUGUUUUUCUAAGUCUGGAGCCUUAUUUUGCUUGUUUGAAUGUAUUUCAUUCUUCUUUUUUAGACUAAGACGUUUUUUUCCUAUCUUGUCACCGUGCCAAACUGUGAACAAGUCCCUGUAUUAAGAAUAUUGUUUUAGAUCAACAUGUUCAUGAUUUUUUUUGUAAGCAGAUAUUUUUUUAUUUUGUAAAUUAUUAUUCUUUUGUUAUGUUUCUAAAUAAAAGAUUAUUUAUAAAAUUCUUUAUAAUUCAAUUUAAAAUUUUAGGAAACAUUUAAAUAUGAUUUGUUUGUAUUCCAAUCGUAUUUCAACAAUAGUCAUUGACAGAAAAUGAAGAAAGUAUGACACAUGACAGUGUUUUGCUAGAAAUGCAUUUGUGUUUAUCCCGGUAUUUCAGUCAUAUAUUGCUUUGAAACAUUGUUUUUCUGGGAGCUUCAAAACAUUCAGAAAGAUAAUUAUGAAAAUGUUUUUGUUUUUUUUUAGCUCACCUUACUGCAGUGUCCAUGUAACUUUAUUUUUUGAUGAAGUCCAAUGAGUGUCACAAACAUCUCAUUCAUGCAUGUACCUUUGCUUCUUCCAUUGCAUGAGAUAUACAUUAUAGGUUUGUAGUGUGCAUAGCUGCUUUUGAUUUGUUUUACUCUUAGCUACAUAGUGAUAAUUAAGCUUUACUUCCUUAUAUAUUUUGUUGCUAUUGUUACAAAUGACAUUCUAUAUCAAACCUUUAUAUGUUAGCCCUUAUUCAUUUUAUUUGUUAUUUGGUUUCAUGCACUAUACAUAUAAUUUUUAAUAGUGUUCUUUCAAAAGCAUGCUUAUCGAGUGGGUGUCAUCUUAUACUAUAUUUGCUCGAGUUUUUAUGUGUACUGCUAGUAAGUCCAUUGUUGUUGUUCCCAUCAUUAUAAGAAACCAGACAGCUUACAGCAGAAGUGAUACAUAUUUUAACUUUUUUUUAAAUGAAGUACAUUAUUUUGAAUGUUGGUUGUUUAAAAAGCAUCUUAUUUCUUUAUGAAUUUUUUGUGUAAUUUGGCUUGUUUUUAUGGAAUGAAUUUAAUGUGCUUUGUUAAAAAUUAUUUAAGGAUUAUUUUCUUACUGUUUUUUAUCACAUAGUUUACAUGAACAAAGUAGCAGUGUGUUUCCAUUCUAUAAAUACUUUCUUUGUUAUGUGUGAAAUCUUUAUGUAGGAUCCAUAUCAAAAGAUUAUUCAGAUGAUUUCUAUUGACUAAAUAAAUUCUUUGAUAAAUCAA